AUGCGCGAGGUCCUUACUGCUGCGUCAAGAGCUCUUCAGACAUUGGCGACUGUUCGAAUCACCCUUAAGUUAAUCGAGCGACUUGUUCGUCGAAAGGGCUCAAAUGCACCGGUCAAUGAGAAAGAAAGUGUUACCAUGAAGGAAUGGAAGAAGAAAAAUAAAAAAGAUGAGAGCUCUGUAAAGAGUUCCGACGUGCAAUUCUAUCUCUAUUGUCAUGCUCUCUACCUGGAAGUCCGUGCUGCUGCGCUCAACCUCAACAAGUCUCUUCAGCCGCUAAUGGAUGAAGUUGGAUCGGAGGCUUUACUUCCGAAAAGUGUUGCUGAGGAUUUGGGACAGACGCGCGUUGUUCUUACUGAUUGUCUUCCAAUCAUCGAUUCGAGAAUUCGUCGUUCUUAUGUAAUGGCCAUCGAAGAUAUGCAAACCACAAUUUGCUCAAGAUUUUAA